GAGAUCCAUCCCACACAAUCCCGCCUCAGCCUGAAGGUCACAGCAGGCUCUGGGGUCACAGCAGGCUGAGGUCACAGCAGGCUCUGAGGUCACAGAGGUGCCAGAGCCCCGUGGCUGCACAGCACCACAAGGACCGAGCAGUCAGUCCUUGAGCACAACUGUUGCGGCAGCAGCAGCGGUGGCAGCAGUGGUGCUGACAUUGGGACAGAGGUGUCAGGACAGCGGUGGCAGCAAGAGCUGCGGGACUGGCAGAGGGCGAGGCACCAUGGCCCUUGCUCUACGCCUCUUCCUCCCGCUCCUCCUGGCCGUGGCCCUGCCUGCCAGGGCUGCCCAGGCUGCUCCGUUGCAAGCGCGGGGAGCAGGUUGGAUUGCUGGAAAUGUUUUUCCAGCACCUUGGCUGGAAGAAAAUUUGGAUCCAGUGGGUCCUCCCACAGGUGUGUCUGCAGAGUGGAAUUUUCUAGCUCCUGGGCUGGAUGCUGUGCACAAGCCCAGCGCCCAUCGCAGGGGACCUCCAAAAGGAGAGACCCAAGCUAAAGGAGAAAAUAAAUCUCUGAAGCCUUCCGAAAUUCUGGACCAGAUGCUAAGUGAUCUGGAGAGACGCCGUGAAAUGAAAGGAGAGCCUGUGCAUAAGGAAGCAUUUCCCAGAGGAAGCAGUGAUUCUGUGCCAGCCCCUGCUGCAGGAAGGGAGGCGAUGCCAGGCACAGUCACUGGAGAUUGGGAUCGUGAGAUGGAUGAUCUGGAAAUUCUGGCACAUAACCAUUUUAAGUCCUUGGAGGAUGUUGGAGAUAACCCUGUUGGUGAAGGUGAUGCAGAUUCCCAACCCUUGUCCAGGACGGAGCCUCUGGGAUCGAGGAAUGAUCCUCUGGGAGAUGCUGAGGAUGCAGCCAGCACCACAGCACCUGUUCCAGAUUCCCAGAAGGGCAUCGGAAGGGGUUUCUGUCAUGGAACAGGCUACUGGCUAGGGUUAAUGGCAGGCAUGCUUCUUUUGGAGCUUGUCUUCAUGUUGUGCUGCUUUAGAAUCUGGUAUUCCUGGAAGAGAAAACGUCGCAGCUCUGGACAGGAGAUGAAAGGCGGGGGCUUCCCCUCACACCCAGACUGCUUGUGGAGCACCUCCAGCAGUAAUAAGGGCCUGGUCAGCCCUUUCUGGAGUUCUGAGAAGAGGACACCAGUAGAUCUGUCUACGAGGAAAUCUCCAAAGACCCUGUAGAUCCCACUGCCACUUCCUCUCCCCAUGGGUAUCCCCAAGCUGCCUUCACCCAUUUUUGAUCUCCCUCUGUCCCGUCCCAGCCCAUGCCCCAGUUCUUCUAAAGACCCCGGUACCAGCCCAGCACCCUCCAGCCCCAACUGAGACCAACAUGGUCCCUCCUCUGCCCCUAAGCUCCCUGGCCCUGCCCCCUAAACGCUAUUGAAGGUAACCCCCCGCCCCUGCCAGGGUAGGUGAUGGCCCCCACUUCGGUUGCAAUAAAGAGAUGGAGCUGUCA